CGUGUGAUCCCGCCGGAGUGGCGCUACGGUGGCCGGUGGGGCUGGGGCCGGUGCUUGGGCCGCUCCGUGUCCCGCCAUGGGAGGCCGCAUCGAGUGCGUGUUCUUCAGCGAGUUCCACCCCACGCUGGGGCCCAAAAUCACCUACCAGGUCCCCGAGGACUUCAUCUCCCGGGAGCUGUUUGACACCAUCCAGGUGUACGUCAUCACGAAGCCCGAGCUGCAGAACAAGCUGAUCACCGUGACGGCCAUGGAGAAGAAGCUGAUCGGCUGCCCCGUGUGCAUCGAGCACAAGAAGUACAGCCGGAACGCUCUGCUCUUCAACCUGGGUUUUGUGUGCGAUGCCAGAGCCAAGGCCUGUGCGCUGGAGCCCAUUGUGAAGAAGCUGGCUGGUUACCUCACCACCCUGGAGCUGGAAAGUGGAUUCAUCUCCAACGAGGAGAGUAAACAGAAGCUGGUUCCCAUCAUGACCAUCCUGCUGGAGGAGCUGAAUGCCAAAGGGAAAUGCACCCUGCCCAUAGAUGAGUCCAACACCAUCCACCUGAAGGUGAUUGAGCAGCGCCCAGACCCCCCCAUCGUGCAGGAGUACGACGUCCCUGUCUUCACCCAGGACAAGGAUGACUUCUUCAACUCCCAGUGGGAUCUCACCACGCAGCAGAUCCUGCCCUACAUUGAUGGAUUUCGGCACGUCCAGAAGAUUUCAGCAGAAGCUGACGUGGAGCUGAACUUGGUGCGCAUCGCUGUGCAGAACCUGCUGUACUACGGGGUUGUCACUCUUGUCUCCAUACUUCAGUACUCCAAUGUCUACUGCACCACACCGAAGGUCCAGGACCUGGUGGAUGACAAGUGCCUCCAGGAAGAGUGUCUGUCCUACAUCACCAAACAAGGGCACAAGCGAGCCAGCCUCAGGGAUGUCUUCCAGCUGUACUGUGGGCUGAGCCCUGGCACCACCGUGCGAGACCUCAUCUGCCGCUACACCCUGCAGCUCCAGAGGGUGGAUGAGAGGAGGCUGAUCCAGUUUGGUUUGAUGAAGGGCCUUAUCCGGCGGCUGCAGAAAUACCCUGUCAAGGUGGCCCGGGACGAGCGGAGCCACCCAGCCCGGCUGUACACGGGCUGCCACAGCUACGAUGAGAUCUGCUGCAAGACGGGCAUGAGUUACAAGGAGCUGGAUGAGCGCCUGGAGAAUGACCCCAACAUCAUCGUGUGCUGGAAGUGACGCAGCGAUAGCCCUUUCUAGAGCUGUGUCCCCCGCGCGUCCCCGGUGUCCCCGUUGUCCCCUCCACGUGUCCCCGGAGCGCCCCGCUGGCUGCGGCCACUCCUCCGCGCCGCCAGGGGGCGCCACAGGCCGCCCCUCGCCACCGCUGCAGCCGGCCCGCCGCGAGUCCUCCGCGCCGCCAGGGGGCGGUAGCGGCGGCGCCGUUGCCACAGCGACGCGGACGCCAUGGCCGCCGUGCCCGGGCCGCUGCCGCCCGCCGAGGCUGAGGCGCUGGUGCGGGCGCUGCAGGGCUCCGAGCUGCGGGACAUCGGCAGUCAGGGGUGCGGCGACACGGCCAUGGGGUGUCCCCGCGGUGUCUGUUGGGGGAAACAUGAAACGGGGACUUUAAAUUUGGGGGGUCCCAUUUGGGACUGCGGGAGGACAGGAGGGGGCCCAGUUUUGGGGCUUUCCCAGGGGUCACAGUGGGGGUAAGGAGGGGUUCCGAGAAGGCUUUGGGUAGAGAGAGUCUUGUUUUUGAGGUAACCCGAGAGGGUAAGGGUGGGAUGGGAUGAGAGACAGGGCUGCAAUUCUGGAGCAUUCCUGGAAAGACUGGGUGGUGAGGUUGGAGGGCCCAGGGUGAAGGGGUGAGGAAGGGUCCCAGAUCUGAGGCUCUUUAGGUGGGGGUGAGGAGAGGCUCCCCUGGUUCUGUGGUGGUCUGAGGGUGUUGCUGCAGGCAGGCAGGGCUGUCCCAGUGGAGCUGCAGCCCCAGGCUCGGAGCACAGUGUGGGGUUGGGGGUUACAGGAGCAGGUCCCUGCACGAGGGACCCUCACUGGGCCUGUGAGGGUCUGAGGUCUGUGGCACUGAUGUCCUCGUGGCUGCCCCACAGCUGGCUGCGGCAGCACGAGCAUGUGGAGAAGCUCAACAUGCACGGCAUCCUGAGUGCCUCAGCGGGCCAGGAGCAGCUCCUCACCGAGCUGCUGGUCACCCAUGCCAAGGUGAGCCUCCCUGGGUGCAGGAGUGAUCCCCACACUGGCCCUUCAGCCUCCAGCUAGGCUUGUCCUGUGGGCAGUGUUCAGUUUUGGAAUAAAAUGCCAAAGAAUCUGUUGUGUCUCUGGAAAAGAUGUUUGACUGGUGGUGUGCCAGUUUUGUUUUUUCAGAAAAAUUAAAGGUCAAGCUGUGGUAUUUCUA